AUGGUGCCGUCCGCCCCGGCGCGUUCGCGAUCCGACUUCACGCUACGGCGCCAGCGGACGUUGCUGGAAAAGAGAAGCGCCUUCCGGUUGAUCGAGCGGCUGGAAGUGAGCAGCCUCGGCCCGGCCUCCAGCGCGGCGGCGGCGGCCUGCAGCGCCGACGGCGGCGUCCACACGGACGCCGUAGACGGGACCCCGGACCCGCAGCGCACGAAGGCGGCCAUCGCCCACCUGCAGCAGAAGAUCCUGAAGCUCACGGAGCAGAUCAAGAUCGCGCAGACGGCCCGCGACGACAACGUGGCCGAGUACCUGAAGCUGGCGAGCAGCGCGGACAAGCAGCAGGCGGCGCGCAUCAAGCAGGUGUUCGAGAAGAAGAACCAGAAGUCGGCGCAGAGCAUCCUGCAGCUGCAGAGGAAGCUCGAGCACUGCCACCGGAAGCUGCGCGAGGUGGAGCAGAAUGGCAUCCCGCGGCAGCCCAAGGACGUGCUCAGGGACAUGCACCAGGGCCUGAAGGACGUGGGCGCCAGGGUGACGGGCUUCAGCGAGGGCGUGGUGGACAGCGUCAAGGGCGGCCUCUCCAGCUUCUCGCAGGCCACGCACUCGGCCGCGGGCGCCGUGGUCUCCAAGCCCCGGGAGAUCGCCUCGCUGAUCCGCAACCGGUUCGGCAGCGCCGACAACAUCCCCGGCCUGAAGGACUCCCUGGAGGAGGCGCCGGCGGACGACGGGGCCAAGGCCCUGGGGGCGAUCGCGAACUUCCAGUCGAGCCCCAAGUAUGGCAGCGAGGAGGACUGCUCCAGCGCCACCUCGGGCUCCGUGGGCGCCAACAGCACCAGCGGCGGCGUCGCCGUAGGGGCGUCCAGCUCCAGAACGAACACCCUGGACAUGCAGGGCUCGGGCUUCGACGCGCUGCUGCACGAGAUCCAGGAGAUCCGGGAGACGCAGGCCAGGCUCGAGGAGGCCUUCGAGGCCCUGAAGGAGCAUUAUCAGCGGGACUAUUCCCUGAUCAUGCAGACCCUGCAGGAGGAGCGGUACAGGUGCGAGCGGCUGGAGGAGCAGCUCAACGACCUCACGGAGUUGCACCAGAACGAGAUCUUGAACCUGAAGCAGGAGCUGGCCAGCAUGGAGGAGAAGAUCGCGUACCAGUCCUACGAGCGGGCCCGCGACAUCCAGGUGAGCGCGCAGGGGCGAGGCGCGCGAGCGAACUGAGCGAGACUAGCGGAGAAAAGGAAAUCGCAGGAAGGAAGGACAGAGACGGGUGGGGAGGAGUCUCGGGAAAAGCUCUCGCCGCCUGUCGCUCACCCGCCCUUCGAGGGGUCGAGGCGCGCGGCUCCAAAGCGCGUGCGCUGUUGGGUGCCGCCCCCGCUUGGUUCUGGGGACGUGCCUCUCGGUGACGUCGGUCUCAGCGACAGCAGUCCCAGGA